ACCCCACUUCGAUUGCAGACAGCUGUUGAAUUGAGAGACAAAGUAAAUAUACAAUUUUCCAAGACGAAAUCUUCAACAUGUCGUAUGGAGGAUACACCCAACUGCCCAGCGGAAGCACUGACCACGAUCAUCGUCAGCAACAGGUGGUUGCUAACACCUACAAUGUCCUUCAGAGUACUUCAAGAAGUAUAGAGAGGUCCCAGCAAGUCGCAAUACAGACGGAAAACAUAGGGGCUGAAGUACUCGGCGAACUAGGUGAGCAGCGGGAAUCACUGUUGCGGACCACGCGCAGACUCGAAGAUGCUGACCAGGAAUUGUCCAAAUCGCGAGUCAUCAUCCGCAAACUGCGCAACGAAGUUCUCUACAACAGAAUCGUAUUAAUUUUAAUUAUCAUUCUCGAAUUGGCCAUACUCGUUGGCCUACUAGUCUUAAAGUUUGCCCAUCUAUGAAUCAUCUAUUUGAAUCUUUUUAUUCCAAAGUUGGCCUGUAUUCGGAGUGGAUAUGGGACUUUUAUUAUUAAGUAUUUUUGUAUCUAACAUCAAUAUUAAACACAUGCCUUAGACAUAUAGUGUUAAGUUAUUAUAAAUUGUAUGAUAUUAAUAAAAACACAGCUAAAAUGGUC